AUGACUGAAGGUUUCAAGGAAGAGAUUGAUAGAGGAUCUUCGUGUAUAGUUUAUAAAGGGACAAUGACGAAUUACCAAAAACUAGUAGUUGUCAAGAAAUUAAAGAAGGGGUUCGCUGAAGAAGAAAGGGAAUUCCUGAUUGAGAUUAAGGCAAUUGGGAGAACCCAUCAUAGGAAUCUAGUUCGUCUACUUGGAUAUUCCUCUUAUGGACCCAAAAAUGUGUUGGUAUAUGAGUAUAUGAGCAAUGGUUCUCUUGUUGAUCUUCUCUUCACUCUAGAAAAACAACCUAACUGGGUUGAAAGAAUGGGCAUUGCUCACGAUAUAGCAAGAAGCAUUCUUUGUCUACAUGAUAAGUGCGAAACUUAG